CAAACUGCCCUUGGGCAGGCCUCUAUCGGAGCCCUUUUUUUAUUGGGCGACCGUUACUCUCCCUUGUGCCCUCGUACUCCGCCUCCUCUUCGAUCCGCAUAGCGCUCCCCAUGGAGGCCGAAUCCCAAGCGACGCCUUCCCCUGCCGCUAAGAAGAAGGCAUCGGCCUCUCGGAUCUCGCCUGCCAAGGCCGUGUCGCUUGAAGGCCAGAUCUUUACGCCGGAGAAGCUGGAGCAGCUUCCGUUGCGAUCUAGAAACCGCGGCGUCGCCUUGUCUGUGGAGGAAGUACGACGUGCCGCCGUCGGGCUUCGGAGGCCCUCGGAUCGGUCCGAUCUAGCUCAAUCUGAUGCCAACCUCUCGUCAGUGGAGCAGCAACUCGGUGUCGGAUGGGCACCCUGUUCCAGUCCCAAGUCGAAGGUUAAAGAAAUCGCAAAGAUCCCUCAAAAAUACGAGUUGCUGUGUGAAUUUUUCAACUCAUUGGCGAGCUCUCUUCGUUUGCUUAAGCUAAAAGGGUCGAUGCCGACAUUCUUGAACAUCUGCACCAGUAUUCAACAUUUGACAGAGAGGAGGUUUACCCAUACUCACUUAGCACAAUUGAAAUACAUCAUCCCCGAAGCUAUAACUGUCAAGAAGGUUCUCUUGCAUGAUGAGACUACAUGCUGCAUGAAGCCAGAGCUUCAGAUAAGUCUGCAAGUUGAAGCUAUAGAAAAGAACAUCAAGGGGAAAAGUGAAAGCGGCUAUUCAAUUUUGAGGGCUGUUUUCAGGGAAAGGUUACUUAACUUCGUCAAAGAGCACCCAGAGGGAGAUGAUGUUCCUGAGGAUGAACUCCCGCAUCCAUUUAAUCCAACGAAGCUUACCGCAAAUCCGCUUAUGAAUAUCAAUGCCAAUGCGACAUUCAGAGAAUCUUCACCUAGUGUAAUUAGCCAGCAUCAUUUCAUAGCAUCAUGUCUCACGUCCCGAUGUUUUCAGAGACGGUUUUCAAGCAAACUUCCCAUUCCUAAUUCAGAGAAAACUCCUUUGGCAUGCCUCAGUGAUGCAUCUAUCUGCAAUGAUAUUCCUAUGUUUGUUGCCUCAUCUUUUGGACAUGCCUCAGCACCACAAGUACAUAGGAACCAAUUACUUGGUUUGCCUACCACAGUCUUGUUGACAAAAUGCGGAAGUGAUGAAGGGAAUGAAGAUAUGCUGACAGCUGACAAUUAUUUGAGCGAAGAACCAAAUUGUCACCAACAAACUCCUGCAAAGCGCCUAUCGACUCCCUUGCGGUUAAUGGCUAACACUCCAGAAUGUCCUGCUCCAAAGAGAUGUUGGAUGACUCCUAUCCAAGACAGUCCAAUAUUGGAAAAAUCUGCAAAGAGGCCAGCCAAGAUGAAGUUGUUUACGACUGAGAAGGAUGAGGAUAGAAAUUUGUCUGCUGAUGAAGAUGUCCUCAAUAUACUACCAAAAUCCCUUUUACAAUCUGUAAGUUCUUUUACUUUUUUCUGUAUAUAUUUUAAUGCCUGACUAAGUACCUUGAAAUGCUCCUCCCUUGGUCCCAUUGCAUCUCCUGGUUGCACAUUGUAGACCGCCAAACAUUGAUUUGAUUCUCAUUGAACAAACCCUGCUCUUCUUAGAAA